AUGGCAAAAGGAAAACAGGCUGCUGGACAAAAAGCUAAAGCUGCAGCAUCAGGUGACGAUGGCAAGAAGGGCGGCAAGUUGAAACCAGCACAGAGCAUCAAGGUCCGUCAUAUCCUUUGCGAAAAGCACGGCAAGGUGAUGGAAGCGAUGGCCAAGCUUAAGGAAGAGAACAUGCGAUUUGACAAGGUCGCCGAAAUGUAUAGCGAGGACAAAGCCAAAGCAGGAGGUUCGCUUGGUUGGAUGGCACGUGGAUCAAUGGUAGGCCCAUUCCAGGAUGCAGCAUUUGCAUUGCAGCCAAGCUCUUGCGACAAGCCAAUCUUUACCGAUCCUCCUGUCAAGACCAACUUUGGAUAUCAUAUCAUCAUGGUGGAAGAGAGAAAGUAA